UUUGAUAUUUGCUUAAUGGCGCACAGUUGUUAUUUGGUUGCAUGGAUUUUUUGAUUAUUGGUUUUGCUUUGAGCAAUCUUUCUACUUCAUAUGUUCCAUUAUGGAUUUAAGCUGGUGCAGAUUAUGUGUUAAUGUUGUUAGUAGUAAUUUUGCUCAAAAUUUAUUUGAGGAUAGUACAACUAUGGUAGAAAUUGAGAAUUUAAUUGGUGUUAAGUUGCAAAACGAUUCAUCAUUACCACCGUAUAUAUGUGAAGACUGUGAAGUGAAUUUAGAAUCAGCGCAUAAAUUUAAAAUGCGAUGUUUACGAGCACAAAAUUAUUUUGCUUCAAACAAAUUCAAGGAGCGAUUAAGUUCACAAAAUGACUAUAAUUAUACAAACGGAAAUGCGGAUACUCUUUCUCAAACAAUUGAUAAGGUUAAACUUGUUAAAUCUGAAACUGGAACUGAAAGUUAUGAUUUUGAUGAUAUAAUUGAGGAAAAUCUAGAAAAUAGUCCCAAAGAAGAAGAAUCAUCAUCUGAGGAAAAUACCGUACGAACACAACCAACAAUAAUGUUGCAUAAUGAACCUACUAUAUACAAGAAAUCAAAACCAAAAAAAUAUGUAAGCAACAGAACAUGGGUAUGCGAGUUUUGCGGCCGAAUCUUUACUGCUCACAAUCAUUAUCAUUAUCAUAUACGCAGACAUAAAGGAAUUAAAAAAUACGCUUGCAAUUAUUGUCCAAUGCGAUUUGUAAUGAGUACUGAAAAAACAAAUCAUGAACGCACACAUACUGGAGAGAAACCCUUUGGCUGCACAUAUUGUGACAAAAAAUUUCCUACUGAGUAUCGCAGAAAGCUGCAUGAAGGGCGAAUGCAUACCAAUUACCGUCCACACAAAUGUAAUUAUUGUUGUAAAGGAUUCGUAAAUAAUAAGGCUUUAAAAAAACACUUAUUGAUACAUAUUGGUGAACGUUAUCGUUGUGAGCCGUGUAAUAAAACCUUUUCAUAUGAAUGCAAUUAUCGCACUCAUUGCAAAUCGCAAAUACAUAAAAAAAAAUGUUCAGAAAGUGCAGCAAAUGAGUAGUGAUUAAAAUAUAAAAAUUUCUUUUUUUAUUUUAUAAAUAAGACGAUUGGUGUAACAUAAGCUUUUUGGAGCUUAUAAAAUUUCAAUUAUAUAUUUUUUGUGCUUGUAUGUAUUUUAAUUAUAAGUAAUUUUACAAAUAGAAAUAUUCUAAACAUUUAUUUUGUAUAUUUCUAAUUGUAUAUGUACGUAUUGAUUUCAGACAUCUUCAACAGUAAAAAAAAAUAUUUUGAAAUUUUUUAAUUGUCAAAAAUUAAUGCAAGGUAAUAUUUUGUUAUAUGUUCUGAAUUUUUUACAAACUACCUUUGAACAUAAAUAAAUAUAUCAUAUUUAUAACAUGAUUGAUAU